AUGAGUCCCGUGCCCGAACCGCUACCGCUCCGCCAUGGUGCUGCGGCUUCAUCUGGUAGUUUAAACCCACUAAGCGAGUCAAACGCCACCAUCGCAGCCAAGCGCAUGGAAUCCGUCCCGUUGGCCGCCAUCCCACCGCGCCUCGCACAGGAGCUCAGACACCGUUGGGACACUGAUAUCGGGCGAGCCUGGCGAGAUUGGCAUGGAGAGUCUGGCGAAAUUGGCGUCGCAGACACCUUUCCCCUUCUGCGGUCCCGUGUUCAUGCGUUGACAUUGCGCGACUUACUCAUUCCAAGAAGGGUCAAGGCCGCAAAGCCUCUCGUUGGUGUUCAGCUCCUCGUUAACGAUGCUCCAAAGGCUCCAAGCGCAGCCUUGGCAAGGAACCCUGGACUUGCAACGACGCCACCCUGA